AUGUUGAUCUGCCUGUAUUCGUGUCUUAUCAGGAACCUGCAAGCAGCUAUUGGUGCAUAUUAUGAUUUUGAGAGUCCGAACAUCAACACGCCGUCAAUGUCUUUUGUGGAAGAUGUGACGAUUGGAGAGGGGGAGUCCGUUCCUCCAGACACACAGUUCACAAAGACAUGGAGGAUACAGAACACAGGUCCAGAGUCAUGGCCCCCGGGUGUGUGUCUGAAGUAUGUUGGCGGGGAUCAGUUUGGUCAUGUGAACAUGGUGAUGGUGCGGUCCCUGGACCCACAGGAGAUCUCAGACGUGAGCGUGCAGAUGCGCAGUCCAGCUGUUCCUGGCAUGUACCAAGGCCAGUGGAGAAUGUGCACUGCCACUGGACUCUUCUACGGAGAUGUGAUCUGGGUGAUCUUGAGUGUGGAGGAGGGAGGCCUGCUGGGCGUCACACAGCAGUUAUCCUCCUUCGAGACAGAGUUCAACACGCAGCCACACCGCAGUCUGGAGGGAGACUUCAACCCUUUCGCCUCACCACAGAAGAACAAGCAGGACACCAAUGAGGAUAAUCUAAAAGACCCCGGGGGCCACUGGGAGGCCCCUCUGGACUCCAUUCAGCAAGAUCAAAAUGGACUCAAUCACAGCUCUGUAAAUAUUACACCAAAUGGUCUCCAAAACAACUUUUCAGUAGUGACUUACAGCCAGGUAUGUAUGCUGUUUGGAGAAUUUCAUUGAGUUGAAAGAAGAUUAGCAUGAUAGUAACUAAUGUUAACUAAUGAACCUUAUUGUAAAGUGUUACCGAGCCUUUUUAAAAACAAAA